CUUGAUUCCCACGAGGGAAUUGGGGUCCUUUUUUUUUUUUAGAAUUCAAUUUUUUAGCAAAAGAUUAUAUUGCAGACAUUCAUUUAUAAAACCUUCCGUCUUCUCUAGUUCGCUGUGGGAAUCGCCCUCACCUCCGUCUUCUCUAAUUCGCCGUGAGUUCCGCUUCUGUGUCUUCUCUAGUUCGCUGUAAGUUGAUUGUACCGUGAGUGAAAAAGCGCAUUGCAGCAGAAGAGAAAGAAAUUGAAAAAGCAAAGUACUGAACUAUGAAGGAUUGUAAAUCAUCAGAUAUGCAUCUAAAUAACAUCACAGAAUGGAAACUAGAUAGAGAUGUCACAACAAAAAUUGUAGAAACUUGUUUUGGGUUCUUGGUCAAGCUCCAAGAGAAGGUGAAGAACGUGAAAGGGUAUUUGUCGUUACCCCUGAAUUUCACAAAUGCUCUCGUGAAGAACUAUGAUGCUGAAGCUGAAUGUUUUCGAAUUGGAAAGAAUACAGAUGAGGAGUUGGAUUUGGAUUUCGGGCUACAGGAUAUCCUCUUCAUAACUGGACUUCCCAUCAAUGGGAUGCCAGUGACGGGAAUAAUACUAGAAGAUGCUGUCCAAAUCCUGAUAAAUCAUUUAGCCAUGAAAAGAAAUGAUGCGGAAGAUUUGCUCAAAGUUACAUCAAAAGAAAAGUCGAAAGGUGCAGUUGAUCUUAAAAAACUGCGUGCACACUUUCAGAGGCCCGAUGUUAGUUCUAAAGUGGGUCCGGAGGUCCUUGCAAAGGCUUUCAUAUUUUACUGUCUAGGAAUUAUUUUGUUUCCUACCCGGUCAAGGACCGGUCAGCCACAUUAUCUGCCUCUACUGGAUGUUAAGGUGAUCAACAACUAUGCUUGGGGAGCAGCCGUGUUGGCAGACAUCAAGAGUGAUCUGGCUGAAAUCGUUAAGAAAGAAGAACAAGAAUCAAGUCUUAGUUGUUGUAGUUUGGCAUUAAUUGUUUUUGCAUUGGUGCGUUUCCCUACCCUAACGCAGGAAAUAGUGCCAGCGCCCAACUUACCAACUGAACUCCCCUUAUCUCUCGGGUGGAUUGAAGUGCUCGCCAAAGAGUUCAGGCCAGCAAAGAAGAGAAAAAAUGCUAAACAGUUGGAACAAGAAUUUAAUAACAUGACUGUGGUUGACAUAACUUGGAUGCCAUACGAUUCUAAUAGGCUGGAAGUGCCUAGUAGUUAUGAGGUUCAGCUACGUCUUUCAAAAUAUGCAGUGGCGCCCUGCAUUAACUUCUACAGCAUACACAUGGUCCGCCCGGACUUAUGUUAUAGACAGUUGGGGCUAGCAGAAGAUGAUGUGAGACGUAUUGAUGUUCCAAAGAGGAGUCUUGUCAAUCCAUCUACUAAUAAAGGUAUGGAUCUUAAAUCUUAUGCUGGUGGUAUUAACAGGAAGAAAAAAAAGAAAGAAUAUAACUAUGCGGAGCUGAAUGAAAUGUGGGCCAACAAAUUAUCCUACCUCGUUUAUCAAGCGGAAACAGAAUCUGAGGAAUCUCAGCCUGAAGAGACAGUAAACCCAGUUCUUGCAUUUGCCAAUGUCAACCCGCCACAGUCGGAAACAGAAUCUGAGGAAUCUCAGGUUGUUUUCAACAAAUUCGCUAGGGGCUUUACGUAUCAGAGAACGCCAAAAAAACAGUUGCUGAUUACAAACAAUGAAGAAAGAAACAAUGAAGGUGGAAACAUUGCGGAGGAAGAACACAAUAAAAAUGGAAACAAAGCAGAAGACAUUGAGCACUCCCGAUAUCUGCUGAGAGAAUUUCUUCCAUAUUUAAAACAGUUGAGUCAGGAAGAAAUGAAUGAGAAAAAUAUAGAGGCUAGCAUACAAGGGCUGCUCUCUCUUUCUAUGGAGGUGUGUGAACCCCUUAAGAAGAAAAGGAAAACCAAUGAAGAUGAGAAGUUGGAGAAGAAACUUCUUAUUCUUGAUAUAAAUGGGGUGCUUGCAGAUGUAGUAUAUGGCUGUAGAUAUCGUAUUUCUCGAGAACCAGACUUGAUAUUUGGAAAAAACCAUUUAGUGUUCGUGAGACAGCAUUGUCGUGAGUUUUUGAAGUUCUGUUUUGAAAAGUUUGUAGUGGCUAUUUGGUCUUCAAAAAUGAGUGACAAUGUCGAGAAGUUGGUUGAAUUUUUAUUUCAAGAUAUGAAAGGGAAGUUACUUUUCUGCUGGGAUCAUUCAUACUGUACAAGUAGUGGUGUUCAUGCACCUACUCAACUAUCUAAAGAAAUGGUGUUUAAGGAUUUGAAUAAAGUUUGGGAUCAGUUUGAUGAUUAUAAUGCUAAAAACACUCUGCUUGUUGAUGAUUCUCCCUAUAAGGCAUUACUUAAUCCCCCACACACAGCAGUCUUCCCCGACACAUAUAAGUAUUGGCACAACUGUGACAAUUUACUUGGCAAGUUACACACCCUUACAUCUUGUUCAAUAUUUCCUUAA